AUUAUGCUUAUACAAGAUAUACAGAUAUAUAUAUAUAUAUACACGGACAGUGAAAGUGACACCCAACAAAAGGCUUCCCUACGUCAUCUUCUUCCACACAGAAUGAACACAACCAUGCUCCUCCUCCACCGAACAACCCCCACCUCCCUCCACCCCUAUUCUCUCUCCUAGGGUUUCCUUCUCUCUCUCUCUCUCUCUACCCCUCUGUCUCUAUAUAUAUAUAUUCUCUUAAAAUUUGGAUGAAGAGGGGCUAAAAAAACUUGGCCUUAUUGGGGAGAAUUGGGUGAGGAGGAGGAGGAGAAGAUCAGGGUUUUUGGGUUUUUUAAUCGAGAGAUGUGGGAUGGUGGAGGCGUUGAUGAAUCAGCUCACGCUUUGUUGGAAGCCAUUUGAGGGUAAUUCCCGCGGCGCUGAUGGUUUCGUCAGAGACGGGUUGCUCCGUUAUCGGGACAUUGGGAGGUGCUCGAGCGGGGAGUUGUCGAUGGCGGUGCUACAGGCGAACCAGGUGCUCGAGGACCAGAGCCAAAUCGAGUCCGGACCCUUCGGGACGUUCGUCGGCGUCUACGACGGUCACGGAGGCCCCGAGGCGGCUCGAUAUGUUUGCGAUCACUUGUUCCGCCACUUCCAAGCAAUAGCAGCGGAAGAUGGCGGUGUUGUAACAGCUGACACACUUAGAAGAGCUUUUCUCGAAACAGAACAAGGGUUCACAGCUCAUGUUUCGAGGUUAUGGAAUGCUCGACCCAACUUAGCAUCAGUUGGUUCGUGCUGUCUUGUUGGAGUAAUAUAUCGGCAGACUCUUUUUGUAGCAAAUCUUGGAGAUUCCCGUGUUGUAUUGGGGAAGAAAGUUGGGAACACAGGAGUUAUUACUGCCAUACAAUUAUCAACAGAACACAAUGCCAACAUUGAGGUCGUCAGGCACGAGCUUAAAGAAUUACACCCCAAUGAUCCUCAAAUUGUUGUCCUCAAGCAUGGAGUUUGGAGAGUAAAAGGCAUUAUUCAGGUUUCUAGAUCUAUAGGUGAUGUUUAUAUGAAAGAUGUGCAGUUCAACAGGGAACCACUCAAUGCGAAGUACAGACUUUCUGAACCGAUGAAUAUGCCUAUCUUGUCUGCUACCCCAUCUAUUCUUCCUCAUCCUCUACAGCCAAAUGAUUUAUUUCUUAUAUUUGCAUCUGAUGGUUUAUGGGAACACUUGAGUAAUGAAAAAGCUGUGGAUAUUGUCCAUAGUCAUCCGCGUGCAGGAAGUGCGAAGAGGCUUGUCAAGGCUGCCCUCCAAGAAGCAGCAAGAAAAAGGGAGAUGCGAUAUUCGGAUCUUAAGAAGAUUGACAAGAAGGUCCGACGCCAUUUUCAUGACGAUAUAACUGUUAUUGUUUUGUUCUUAAACCAUGACCUUAUUUCCAGAGGCAUAGUGCAAGACACUGCUCGACUCUCAAUCCGAAGUGCUCUGGAGCACUGAUAAUGAUUUCUGAACCUAAUCAUAUAUAUAUGCUUCCUCUGAUUUUUGCAAUGCCGAAAACACUAUACUACCUUCACGAGAUGUGUUGGGAUGCGGAGCUAGUGAGCAACAUCAACAAAGCGGUCAUGAUUAAAUGAUAUAUACUGAGUUCAUUGUUUUUAAAAAGAGGUAAUACUUAUAAAUUUUUGUUGUUAGAAAGAUAAGAGAUGUUCUUUAGUAAUACUCUAUGAUCUUUAUUUGAAAGCAUGGUCUACUAUACUACCAAAAUAACAAUGGCAAGUUACUUCUCU